AUGGAUACACACAUCAAGAAAAUAGCACAGUUGCUGGACAAUGAUCAGGUUUUGGAAAAAGCUGGGCUGACCAUGAAAUGCAGUCUGCAGGGUGUUCAUCCACCACACCAAGAUUUUACUAAGUCACGUCCAGGACCAGAUAAUGGAUCGCUGAGAGUACAAAUGAAGAAAAUACAGUCUGAAAAUGUGCAAACCUCUGAAGAAUGGCUAAGAAACUACAGUUUAGAAUCCUUGCAAUUAACAUUAGAGCACCUGGUAGAUGAAGGCAAUAUUAUUUUGAAUUCAAGAAAUGGUGUUGAAGAGAUAGAGUUUACAGGAGAGACUGUUACUGAUUUUGAGUCCAGACUUUCUGAAGUGAUUGAACUUUAUCAGCAGCGAAUUCAGUGGCUGUUGCAGGACAGCAGAAAGGUGUUUGGCCUUAUAAAAGGAACCAAAGUUGGACUUUUGGUUGAUGUGUCUCAUAUAAGCUAUGGACCUAGACUGCUGGAUUUUCAGAAGGAUCUUUUAUGCUUAAUAGAUGAACAGCUGUGUUAUAAGAAGCAACUGUACUGCCUCUCAUUCAGUGCAGAAAUGUCACCUCUGUGGGAGAGUCCAAAAAACAUCAAUGUUCAUGUGCUACAUGAAGCAAGACAGUGGAUACAACAGCUGGAGCCUGGUCGAGGCUGCAAUUUGCUGAAAGGCUUAAAACACGUCCUUAUGAUGAAAGAACUCAAUUCUCUGGUUGUUAUUGUAGGAAGCUGCCCUGAUCAGUCCUUGGAAAUUCUGUCUGACUAUGCUCAGCAGUGUAUGCUGGGGAGAAAACUGCACAUCCAUGCUGUUACAUAUGAUUGCAGCAGUCCUGCUUCUCUUGCAGUUCUAAAGAACCUUGCAGAAGCUGUAAGAGGCCGUUACCAUUGCUACUUUUCAAAGGCAGAGAAUUUUGAUAGCAGUGACUUUCAACUGCUACUUCAGGAAUCCCAGAAGGCUAAGGACCUACUCAGGAGCAUCAAGGAGACUUUCCAAAGAAGAAUUGGUGACUCACUUGUUGGUAGAAUGGCAGAUGUUUCCAUAGGAUUUGCAAGUACAGCACCUUCUAACUUCUUCCCAAAGCCUCCAAAGCAUGAAGGACCAUUGGUUAUUCAAACACCAUGUGCCCUGGCCAAAACCUCAAAAGAAUGGUUGAAGACAUAUGGAUUGAAAGCUAAAAAGUUAAACCUUUAUCAAGUUCUGGCUCCCAGUGCUUUCUCUCCUGUGGAAGAAUUUGUACCUAUUCUUAAAAAAACAGUAUCAUCAACUCUACAUGAGAAAGCAAUGAUGCAGUUUGAAUGGUAUGAUGGAACUGUGAAAAAUAUCCAUGUUGACCUGCCGGUGUUGUACAACUAUCAGAAACUCCUUGUUAAAAUGGUAAGAAUCUACGAGAAACGAAUUGACUGGCUAUCUGUUGCUAGCAGAAGAAUAUGGGGAAGUGUUUGUGAAAGGAGGGUGGUUAUACUUGUUGAUAUAUCAGUGACAAACUCUAUGUACAUCAUCCAUAUCCAACAUUCUUUGCGACUUUUACUUGAAGAACAAAUGUCAAACAAGGAUUGCUUCAAUAUUAUAGCAUUUGGGAGUGAUAUUGUGCCUUGGCAGCUGGAACUGGUUCCUUCCCAACCAGAAAACUUACAAAAGGCUUGGAGGUGGGUGUUAAGCCUGCAGUGCAAAGGGAGUAGAAAUUUCAUGAGUGCACUCAGGAGAGCUGUGGAAAUAGAUUUCAAAGACAAGGAUAAACACAAAUCACAAGGACUUUACCUGCUGACCACUGGAAUACCUGAUCAGGAAACACACACAAUCAGUGCAUAUGUGGCUGAGGUUUGCAGAGGUUUUGAUUUACAGCUUCAUGUCUGUCUGUUCAGUGUAAUGGAGGAGAUUGACUCUAAUGGGAUCGUUCCAGCCCGCUAUGCUAACCCAACUGAAACUGCAAUUGCUUUUAAAGAAAUAGUACAGGGAUCCUAUGGGAGAUUUCAUUGGUUUGGAGAAGAAGGUAUUUUUGAAAGUGAUGACAUCACUAUUAUUGUGUCUGAAAUGGAAAAAGCAAACAAGUACUCCCAAAAGUGUGCAUUCCUAGUGGAAUCCUUAAAGCAACGUUCGGUAAAUCAGUCUGUUAAUCCAUUUAUACCAGGAGACUCAAAUGUGCUUGCAAAGAAAGAGAGAAGAAAGCCACAGAAGUUGCCAUCUCCUAAGCCCACAGCCCUGAGUCUGGCUAGAAUGUAUAUUAAAGACAACCAUGCUGCAGAGAGAAGUGCUUCCAGAAGCGUACAGACAUGGCGUCCUACUAGUGCCAAAGCAGAAAUUCCGCCAGGUCCAGUAUACCAAAAGUAUCCAAAGGUAACGUGCAUAGGAAAGUCUGUUCCCUCUGUUACGUUGCCAAACAAAGAGGAAAUCUGUUCAAGCAAAGAGUGGCUGACCAAGUACGGCAUUAAAAAGCUUAAACUGGAAUUGCCCCGACAGCUGUUUGGUCCAGGCUGUACUCACCAACAGAAAACUGUGGCGUCGCUGCACAAGAGAGUGUCAGCAAAAUACUGCGCUGUCUUCCCCAGUGUGGAAGUCAAUGGGGUUGUGAAACAUCUGCAGUUCCAACCUAAAGAACUAGAAAUCUACACUGAACAACUGGAGAAAGUGUUGCGGCGCUAUAUAGAAAGAAUACAGUGGCUUCUGUCAGGAAGCCGAAGAUUGUUUGGUACCAUUUUAGAAGCAAAUGUCUGUAUUUUGAUUGAUACAUCUGGUUCCAUGGACCCAUAUUUGCCACAUAUCAUGAAAGAACUUACCUCCCUUGUCUGGGAACAGCUGAGAAAGAAUAAAGUAAGGUUUAACCUGCUGAGAUUUGCAGAAAAUACGGAGAGUUGGAAGGAGUGUCUUGUAGAGGCAACUGAUGAAACAUGUCACGAUGCUGUGCAGUGGGUGUCCACAUUCCAUGCUCAUGGCAAUACAUGCACCCUUAUGGCUUUACAGAAGGCGCUCAGUUUCCAAGGUAUAGAGGCACUGUAUGUAUUGACUGAUGGAAAACCAGACACCAGUUGCAGUCUGAUUUUGACAGAAGUUGAAAGAUCAAGAAAGAAACAAGAUAUUAAAAUUCACACCAUUUCUUUUAACUGUGCAGACAGAGGAGGUAAUGAAUUUCUGAAGAAGCUUGCUUCCCAAACAGGAGGGCGCUAUCACUGCAGUUUCGGAGAUGUGGAUGGACAAUUAGCAGCACACAGAAUGUUGACAGAGGGGCUUGAUGAUGAAGAUGAUCCAGUUUUCCCUUACUUUGAAGGAGAUGAUUUAAAGCAGCUUACUCAAGAAGUAGCAAAAGCUAGAGGUUUCUUAAAGCAGGCAAAAUCUUUGAGGUUAUUACUUCAAAAAUGGAACAUAAACCAAAAGGACAAUCUGUUUUUUAAAAAAUGCUCAGGAUUAAAUUUUAGAUGA